GAUCACGGAAUAGAUACAUCUCAGUUAGCUAUCCAGUCUGCUAGAGGCGGUUCACACGUUCUCUCCAUCUUCUAAAGCCUCCAGCACUGUUCUCACGCAGAAGAAAUGAAAAAACUUUCUGCAAGCAAGUCCAACACAGAGCCGGACUCCUCGUCCAACAUGGACACCUCAGCGGAGAUCCCGGCAACACUAUCUGACCAUGAUCCAUCUCAUCCCGCAGAUACUCCACAUGACCAAGAGUCUGAGCUCCGUGUCUCUGUAGAAGUUGCAUCUGUCGAGAACAACCGCGUGGGUAGUGCUGAGAGAGCCAUCGAGCAUAGCCCCGAGCAACAGGAGCCCGCUAGAGCAACCGAGCACAAUCAUGUCCCCGCCUCUGAGCCUUCAGAGCUUGAGACCGACCCUCUCCAAAGUCAGAGACCAUGGACUGGCCUUGACUUCGAGACAAGCUUGCACUUUGCAGAGCGUGUCACAAGCUGUCCUCGUACUUCGUCUACAAGGUAUCAUCCCGCCCAAGCCAACCCUCUAUCUCCAAAACCAGUGCCUACAUCCAGACUAACCGUUCAUCCAGCUCUAUCAGAGGAAUAACAGAGCCGUUGUUCGAACGAGAUUCGGUCCUUUCGCCCGGCCCCGCAAACAACAGCACCGCGAGAGCCGAGCCGCCAUCUACCCCAGGUAACCACAAUCGAGCCAACGGCGUCAAUCGAACGG